AUGGAUGGAGUUAUAGAAUCACCAUCAAAUAACACAAUAAAAAUAUCACCAUCAACAUCAGAUUCUUCAACAACCACACCAAUAAUAACCACACCACCAACACAAUCAACUGCUACAGUCACAACAAAAGCAGCAGCAACAACAACAACAACAGAAGCAUCAACUACACCACCACCACCACAACCAACACCAACACCAACACAAUCAACAGCAACAGUUACAAAAGAAGUAGAGACAACAACAGAAACAAUACCACCAAUCGUAACAAAAGGUAAAAUUAAAAAAAGUAAAAAAUCAAUAAAGAAACCAACAAUUGUAAAGAGACCAACUACACCAAUUGAUUAUAAACAAUGGCAUACAGAAUGGCCAAUUCAUGUUUACUCACAUCCAAUCAAUGGACGUUAUUUGGUAGCAACUAAAGAUUUAGAUGAACAAACAGUGAUAUUACGUGAUCUACCAUACACAUGGGCAGUCGAUCAUGCAACAUGUGAUUCAGUUUGUCAACAUUGUUUUUUGGAAGUACCAUUGAAUCAACAAAUCUUACCAACUGAUUUCUAUAUGUGUGAAGGUUGUCAACGUGUUGGUUAUUGUAGUGCCAAUUGUAGGUGUAUAGAUUAUAGUCAACAUCGUUUUGAAUGUCAAAUCUUUAAAGAGUUGGACACUGAAGAGUAUUCACCUUUUCUAAUGUCAGAGAUUAAACUACUCGUUAGAACUCUCUCUAGAAAAUGGCUUGAAGAUUCAAUCACUCAAACUGCUGGUAUCGAUAUCAAUGAUGAAACUAUUAAAAAACAAAAUACCUAUAAUCAAUAUAAAAAUCCACAAUCUUUAAUUCCCCAAGAUAAUGGUUUAAGAUAUAAUGAUUAUGCUGAAUUAGUUUCAAAUGUGGAAAAUUAUAAUGAAUCUUUAAAAGAAAGUCUUUCGUACUGGAUAUGUAAAUAUGUUGUAAAAUUAUCUGCAAAACUUGGUAAAAUUGAAGAUGAAUUCGAUUUAUUAAAUAUAUUAUUAAGAAAUAGAUGUAAUGCAUUUUAUAUUCAAGGUAGACCAAGAGAUGGAUCAUCAGGUGAAUCAAGAGGUUGUGGUGUUUAUGUUAGAAAUUCAUUCUUUAAUCAUAGUUGUGAUCCAAAUGUAAAUUAUUGGGUAGUCAAUAAUACUUUAGAAGUUGAAUGUACAUUAUUAAAAAAUGUUAAAGAGGGUGAUGAAUUAACAAUCUCUUAUAUAGAUACAACUAGUCCAUUAAAUAAGAGAAGGGAGAAAUUAUUGGAAGGUUAUCUAUUCAAUUGUUUAUGUACUAAAUGUGUAGCCGAUGAAUCAUUACCAUUAGAUCAAACUGGUACACUUGAAAAAGAUGAUGAUGAUAAUGAUGAUGAAAAAGAAAAAAUGGAUGAAGAUGAUGAUGAAAAAGAUGAUGAUAUUAAUAAUAAAAAUGAUAAAAAAUCAAAAUAUAAAAGUGAUGGUAGUACUGAUGAUGAAGAAGAUGAAGAUAAUAAUAAUAAUAAAAAUAAUAAUAAAAAUAAAAAUAAUAAUAGUAAUAAUCAAGAUCAUCAAAAUAAUGAUAAAUCAAAUUAA